GCCGUGUAAAUUCCUUCUGACAUGUAUUUUUAACUUUUUGUGCUCAAUCUGGCAGAGACCCCGUACUUGAAGUACCGCCAUUCACCAGUUGUGGCUUGCCCUCUUACAAUAUUCCGGGGUGUCAAUUCCUGUUAUUCAUCCCUCUAACAUUAUGGGAACAUUCACAAAUAAACCCUAUGGCCAAAAAAGUGCUUUAGGUCCUCUAGCAGCACAGGCGAAAAAGAGACCUUUCCUUGUUUUUGGUUUACCUUUUCUUGUCAUUAUGGUCGGUGGUUCUUUCGGCCUUGCUCAAUUAACCCAAACGAAAUUUGAUCAUCGAGACAGAAGACACACGAAAGUUGCCAAAGAAGAGGCUUUAGGCAUGGAUAAGAAUAGACGUAAAUUGAGUUUGCAGGAAGAAUACUUUCGUCUGCAAGCACAAACUGAUGAUGAAUGGGAUCAAGUCAGGAUAAGUCGCCCCACUGGAACUGAAAAUUAAGCAUAUACCAACUCGAUUUGUGUCAUGAAUGCAAUAUCGCUACCAAAAUUAGUGUUAUAAAAAUACAUCUGCAAUUAAUUUAGAAACUUACAAUAAAAGCUAAAUUGAACACCGUAGGACAUACAGCUGCUGUAGAGUCAACAAAACGUGAAUCAUUUAUCU